AUGAACCACCAAAUGGGGCAGCCAUCACAGGGUCAAUACCAAGGACAAAUGCCUCAACAUCAAAACGUUGGCCAACAACGGCAAGCCAUGAGUGGGCAGAUGCCUUCCAUGGGGAUUCCAGGGCAACAAAAAACCCAAACCCAAAGUAUCAAUCAUCAUACACACUUGGCCUCCUUCACUAUUGAGAAGCCCAGGAACGCCAAUUCGUGGGAGGACGCCGUACCUGAGCAACAACACAUCUCUCUUCAUGAGCUGCAAAAUGACUUGCACAAGUUCCGAAGAAACCAUGGCAACGUCAAAAAAUUGCUGAACGACAUCUCUUCGCAGAAUUGUCGCAGGAUCAUCAACGAGCUUGUUGUAGAUCAGAAUAUGGAGCUUGCAAAGUACAAUCCAGCCAUCCAGUACAGGAUAGCAAGUGUGGUAAAUAAGUUUCAAGAGCUCCGUCGCUCCUUGGGCCGUCCGCUUCGACAGCUAUUGCGUGUAGAUAUCAUCCUGGAAGCUGAACCCUCCGCAUUUCAAGGGCCCUUUGCCAUGAAGGCUGGGGCUGGAAGUACUGUCGUUGGUGGUUCCCAAGACUUUGCUAAAGUCAAGCCGCCGCAACAAUUACCAGGUUAUCCCACCAACCAGGGUCAGACUAUGCCACAGCAACAGAAGAUGCAUUCGCAGUACCAACCGCAACCACAACUCCAGGCUCCAUAUAACAUGGCGCCUGGCCAGCAGUCCGAGCAGCCGCGUGGUCAGCCCCAUCCCAAUCCGGGACAAUCCAACGGCCCUCCACCACCUUCGCCGCCGCCACCUCCACCUCCACCUCCACCUCUAGGGGCUGGCGUGGCUGGACCACCUGGAAUGGCAAACCCUCCACCUCCACCCCCGCCUCCACAUCAUCCUCAGCAAGGAGGUCCCGCUAUGCCCGGGCAUCAUAUGCAGAAUCCACCACAAGCUGGACGAGGUAUGCCUGGUCCUGCGGCAGGAUCAAUGUCAAUGCAUCCCAUGGCAGGAAACAUGCCGCAACAUCCUUCAAGAGGAGGUCCCGGUCCGGCGGUCGAGGUCAUCAACCCUGAAUACCGCAGGGGUGAGAAAGCAAAGGCCAGGGAUCCUCGCAAUAUCUCUGACUGGUCAUCCGAGAGUGAUGAAUCCUUUGAGGAUGACUCUGAGGACUCAGGUCUUAUUAACAUUGAGAGUAAGAGAGGCCGGAGCCAUAGCCGCAGCCGGAGCCGUGGUCAAGCUCGUAAAACUAUGUACACCGAGAAUUCGGGGCGAAAACGCCGAGAAUCCAUCACCAUGGACGAGCGACACAUGAGAAGUCACAGCAAGAAUCCAUCUAAUGGAAACUCGCCACAAUUUGCGCAUGCCAAACUCUCGAGUCAGAUUCCACCAAACAUUCAUAUCCAUAUGAACGCAGCCAAUGCCACGGAAGAUCGGACACGCAGUGGCAACGUAUCUCCUACUGAUCUUUACAAUGAGAAGAUGAAAGCUAAAAAGCUUCAUGCAGCACACGAUAUGUCUCGUGAGUCUUCAGUUCAUACAGCAGAGGAUAGUAUCUUCGAUAAGAACAUGCGCCGCCCGUCGAAUCAGACCCAAAGUCACACUCGCCGCAGGUCAAUUUUCGGAGCAAAGCCUCAAGCAAUGUUCGGUGAACCGCAUCCUGGUCCCAUUUACGAUGACGUCGAGCCCCGUCUGGCACAGAAAGCUAGGUACCCAAGGGGUCCAGUGGGAGACUAUCAAUAUACUCCACAUAUACACUCGCGCAUGCAAGAGCGUGAGCAUGACUCGUACUUUGACGAGCAACCAAUCUACAACCCCCGUCCGGAAGCCCCCUUUCGUCGCAACAGCAUGGCCGUUCCUCCCCACAACCCAUACUUGCAAUCCAACUUCCCACCCAAACCGAUGCGCUCGUCUACAUAUGCGCCAGAGAUACAUGACAGGAAGUACAAAGUACCUCAGCAGCCACAAAUCGAAGCAGAACCUGCUGAGCUGGUUAAUCUACGCGAAAUCCGGGAUGCGCUUGAGCAUAUACAGGAGCAGAAGAAGGCAGAUUGGCGCUACAGGAGUCUUCCGAACCCCAUGGCAAGAAGGAAUUCUGCUGCGUAUUAUGAACAUGAUGAGUGGUAUGCCAAGGCUCCUCCUGCCGGAACGCGACGGGAGGCGUAUGAUAGGUUUGCUUAG